CUUGAAAAUCCCCAAUUCUAAUUUUCCCGCCUCUCUCUCCAUCGCACCCGCCGCUCCUUCCUUUACAAAAAGCCAUCCUUUGCUACCACCUUUCUCGUCAGGUCCACUCACACAACACAAAUCCAAUGAAAGGAACCUCCAUAUCUCCGGUGAGAAGAAACAACGAUGGGUUCCACCGUUACUUGAAACCAGGGGCUUUGGCUCAGAUCCGCAACUCUAGAAUCAACGCUAGAUCCAAUUUUCCCCUGUCACUGACUCGCUCCAUCUUGGUGGACCCCUCGCCAUCCGAGAACUCUCUUGUCUUGGCGCCGCAGAUGUUGACUAUGGACCAGGUGCCCCAUCUCUUGAGCAAGAUCUAUGGUCCGUACCGCAUCGGUAGGAAGAAACUUGGCCCUGCGAGAUCUGUGGGAUUGGAGUCGAUGUUGGAUUUGAACUCUUCUCCAAACUCCGUACUUGAAUCUACUAAUGGUAAUAGCAACGUAUUGAGUAACGAUGUUUUAGUUGCUCAUUGAAUGUAAGCUUUAUUUAAUAUCAUAGAUUGCUGCUUUGUAACUGAUAAUAUACUCUGGGGAAACAUGUUCAAUAUUCUCAUCAGACUUUUUGUUAUUACAAUAAAAAUCUCAAAUAAAUUAUGUCUCCUUCACAAUCUAGUAUAAGAUUGAUUUCACUUUGUUAA